UCUCACUCUCUCUCUCUCUCUCUUGCUCUAUCUCUAUCUCUAUCUCUAUCUCGGAAUAAGGCUAGACUAUAGUUGAAUAUGCUUUUGAUCAACCCAUGGAGAACAAACCGGAGCUAAAGACAGAGAAUUCUAUGGCAAAUUCGACAUUUUCCGAUCUGAUUCCGGCAAAAAGUUUUGCUUUACCGAACAUCUUUGAAAUGACAUGUGAUGGUGAAAAGGGCUCUUUUGGCUUCAUGGACAUGUUGGGAAUCCAAGAUUAUAGUACUAGUUCUUCAUUAUUCGAUUUGAUUGAGACACCCUUGAUGCCAACACAAUCACAACCUCUUCUAUCGCCGGGUUCGACUGUUCCGGAGUCAUCUGAGGUGGUAAAUACCCCGGCAACUCCGAACUCUUCAUCGAUCUCUUCAUCUUCAACAGAAGCUGCAAAUGAUGAUCAGCAGGCCAAAACAGUUGAAGAAGAAGAGCAGGACCAAGAAAAGACUAAGAAAGAGUUAAAACCAAAAAAGAAGAACCAGAAAAGGCAAAGAGAACCAAGAUUUGCGUUCAUGACAAAAAGUGAGGUUGAUCACUUAGAUGAUGGUUAUAGAUGGAGAAAGUACGGCCAGAAAGCUGUGAAACAUAGCCCUUUUCCAAGGAGCUACUAUCGUUGCACUACUGUAGGAUGUGGUGUGAAGAAGCGAGUGGAACGAUCAUAUGCUGAUCCAUCCAUUGUUGUUACGACCUAUGAAGGUACCCACACACAUCCUUGUCCUGUGACACCUCGUGGAAGUCUUGGAAUUCUGCCGGAAACUGCCGGUUUUGGUGGCGGCGGUGGUGGUGGUGUUGGUAAUUCCUCUUUUGUCAUUCCACAAUCACACUAUCAACAUCAUGUUCAACAACAACAACAACGACGACAACAGUCCUAUCUCCAUAACUCGACACCUUCGUUGACCUUUGGCACUACUAAUUUUUCAUCUCCUUCUUUGCUUCAAGAGAGAAGAAUUUCCCACUAUACUUCCUCUUUGCUUAGAGAUCAUGGACUGCUUCAGGAUAUGGUGCAGUCCCAGAUGCAAAUGGAACCGAAACAAGAGUAGAAAAGAGUUAGCCAUUAUUAUUCCGUAUGUAACUCUCUCACUGACUGAUGAAGUUGGGUUUAUCUUUAUAUAAGAACCCACUUUUCUAUUACAUAGAGACCUCUCUGAUUAUCUUUGUAAAAUGUCUAGCCUUUAGCUUAUGGACGGACUAAUUUCAGGUUAAGGUUCUUCUAAUUUUUUGUAAUUUGAGUUUUUGUUAUUAUGGAGAUUUAAACU